UGCUUCGACGCGUUCACAAGCUCUUAUUCACCAGCAAUCCCUUAUGAUUUGAAUCCCCGAUUCCCUAUUACAUCUCUCACGUGUGUUAUUGAAUGAUUUUAAAAAGAUUGUAAUUAUUUAAAGUCACCUUUCGAUCACCAAUAAUUAAUUAUUGUAAAUUAAAAUUAUUAUGUGAUUAAAAUGAAAUAGUAUAUUACACACCCAGGGAAGUAAAGUAAGAAAUGUCUCAGAUCACAUGUAAUUGUUGGCCGAGGCGAAGCCGAGGUCAACAAACAUGUGAUCUGAGGCUUUCUUAUUUACUUCCCGAGGAGUGUAUACUAUUUUUCUCCUCGACGGAGGCGGAAAGCGGCAACUUCGUUUUGCACAGCGGGACGAAAGUUGACGCUUUCCGCCCGGAGGUGAGAAAAUAAUUUUAUUUAAAAACUUUUUGUGUUUUAUGGUACUGUGUAUUUGUUUGGCGUUGUAUCAAAGAAAAGAAAAAAAAACUCGAGCAAAAAAAAAGAAUUAUGGUGAUUAAAAAUUAAAACAGAGUAAUUAGUACAGACAAAGGAAGUUGUUUAAUCUGAAUUUUUUCUUACUGUUUCAAUGGUCUCAUUGUACACGUGCAUUUAUGCAUAAACGAACGUACGAUUGGACUUAUAAUUGUCAUGUCAUAAAUUUAAAUGCUAUGUGGAGAAUUUAGAUAAAAUAGUUGCUGAUAUUCACUCAUUGAUACCUGACUUGGAGUGAUUUAAAUUAAUUGAACAGCUGGAAUUCAUCAUUUAAUUUGUCAUCAUGCAAAGAAAGAAAAAUGAAAAAAAAGAAAAAAAUUUAAAGCUUAUAAUUAAAAAUUUCAUAUAAUUUAAUCUAUUAUACCGAUACCGAUGAAUUUAAUAAAUAAAUAUGAAUGGUAAAGGUAUCAUGGUUAAAAUAUCAACAAACUUUUUCCAUAAUAUAAAAAUAAAGAAGAAAAUAUCUGAAAUUUGAUUCACUUUUAAACUUCUUACAACUUUAGAUGAACGAAGUUAAUUGCGUGAAUGAAUUAUCGCAUUAGUGAAUAAAAUUUUACUAGAGCAGAAAGUUCAACAAAAAAAAAACGCUAAUAAUAAUCAUAAAACUGAGCAGAGUUAAAUGUCGAGAAAAAAUUAAGCGCGGGCAAAAAAUAUUUAUGAAGCGUGAAUUGAUGGAAAAAAUCCUACCGCAUGGGAAAAAUUCAUACGUUUGAAAUGUGAGAAAAAAUACGAAUAAAAAAAUUAUUAGAAAAAACAAUAAACCAAAAUAAAAAAGGAUGUCGGAUUUCUCGGAUGCUAAUAACAAUACAAAAGAACUUUGCGGGCUUCAGCAUCACAACUUUAGUAUUCCCGAUGGAGAAAUUUGGUGCAGUUGGGUUUGGGAUUCAAUUCUCUGUUGGCCUCCGAUAAAAGCUUCGUCCACUGUUACACAAAGAUGCCCAUUAGCCAACGGAAUCGACACAACCAAAUUUGCAGAAAGACGCUGCAGUGAUGACGGAAGAUGGUUAGGAAGAAAUGGAGAACGCUCAUUAAAUGGUUGGACUAAUUAUACUCCAUGUUUUACACCGGAAAUGUUGUUAUUAAUUCGUAAGCUUUACACUGGUGAUGAACACGCAGCCAAGAUAAAAUUGGAUAUUGCCGAAAAGACUAGAACCCUUGAAUUCGUUGGAUUAACUACGUCUCUAGCAGCAUUGCUGAUAUCUUUGGCAAUCUUUUGGAGAUUUCGAUCGUUGCGAAAUACAAGGACACGAAUCCACAAAAAUCUUUUUGUAGCUAUGGUGAUACAAGUUAUCAUUAGAUUAACAUUGUACAUUGAUCAAGCAUUAAAAAAAUCUAAAGUCUAUGGAUCUAAUCAGGGUAUAAAUAAUGUUGCAAUUUUAUGCGAGGCAAGUUAUGUUCUCCUUGAAUAUGCAAGAACAGCCAUGUUUAUGUGGAUGUUCAUCGAAGGUUUCUUCCUUCAUAAUAUGGUAACAGUGACAGUCUUUCAAGAAACUAGUCAUUAUCGAGUGUAUCGAUUAGUUGGUUGGGGACUUCCAGUCGUGAUGACAUUAACAUGGGCUAUUGUAACUGCUGUUUACUAUCGUCCUUCAAAAUGUUGGUGGGGAUACAAUCUCACCUCAUAUUUUUGGAUAUUAGAAGGCCCCAGAAUGGCGAUUAUAAUGCUUAAUUUUUUAUUCUUAAUGAAUAUUGUUCGAGUAUUGGUAGUAAAGCUACGACAAAGUCGCACAAGUGAAACCCAACAAGCACGAAAAGCUGUAAGAGCCGCGGCCGUACUACUUCCGUUAUUAGGAAUAACAAAUUUAAUAUCGAUGGCUGCAGCACCACUUGAAACAACGAUUUGGUUUGCCAUUUGGUCUUACACGACACACUUUCUUACCUCAUUUCAAGGCCUCUUUGUAGCUACGUUGUACUGUUUUCUCAAUGGCGAGGUCAGGCUUGCAUUGAAGAAGACAAUGUCUGUAUAUAUGUCUCUUAGAGGAAGUAAUCGGUCUAAUCGUCGGCUAUCAACGUUUAGUGCUUGUCAUUCUCAACGAAUAGCUGCAGAAAAUAACAUCAUAGCAAAGGGUAGUAAUAUUUUAAUUCCAGUAAUAGAUGUAGAUGAAGGUGAAGUAGGGUCGAGCAGAUGGAUAAGGCUGUGCUGUUGCGGCAGAGAUACUUCACCUCCAGAUCAACAAGCCGAGACAACUGUUUGACCUAGGUGGUUUUGGCGAAAAAAACUCGCCAAAACGACGACUACUUAUUGAACGUAUUACCUCAGACUAAUUAUCUUUAUAAUUAAAGUAAAUUAAUGUAAUUAAUUAAAUUAAUAAUCAUUUUUUUUAAUUAUCAAUAAGACGCAAAAAAAAAUUUAAACUAACGGCUUCGAAAUGAAUAACUGGAGCAUUUAUUUAAAUUAAUUUUAUUUUGUAAAAUUUUUAACUGUAAUUUUAAUAUUUAUUACAAAUAUUAUAUUUAUUACAAAUAAAAAAAAAAAGAAAAUUUAUGAAAAAGCGAAUGAUUUAAAUUAAAACUAU